AUGGUCAAGAAGAAAACUAAGCAGCGUCGAGCCCAAGAGGAACCCCUGAAUCCGAUGUCUGUCCAGGUAUCUCCAAAGGUCGAUUAUGUCCAGCCAUUGUCAUCACCAUACGAAGGCCCAGUCGUGACCGCCACGAUCGGGAACAAGCAAUAUUGCAUUCUGGGAUAUUGUCUUCGGAAAUGCCCGCAAUUUGAGCAGCAGUCGGUUUUGUCUUCAUAUAUUACCCUGCCUUAUAUUCACGAGGAUGUUGGGCAUACCUUUGUGCAUUUCCUAUAUUCAGGGUGCUACGAGACAAUAGAUUCGCCAGUCGAUGAUGGUAUAUCCAGUGCGAUGAGAGAGUAUAGGAGAAGUGUCCUUAUCUACCAGGCAUCCAGAACAUACCAGCUUCCCUCUCUUGAGGCCCUUGCCCGAGAUUACAUAGAACGGUUCGGCGAAGAAAUGUCUAUAUCCGAUAUACUGCGGACUACAAGUGAGGUCUUUUCAAACCUUCCUGAGGACGAAACCUGGCUUCCGAAGUAUAUCGAAAGAAACCUCCGGCACUCGUUGAGGUCUAGCAAGUCAAAGUUCGAUGUGGAUGAACUUUACAAGGCUUUUGGUCAGGAUCAUUACUUCGAUAAUACUGUGACAAGAAUGAUGCUCGAGAUACUCCUCCGUCCGCAGGAGUUCACCUCGCAGGACGGGAAGAGCGACUGCGAACAGAUACGCAUUCAUGGGAACACGGAGGUGAAGGCAUCGAUUGGAAAUCCACUGGACGGGAUAGCUGGCGGGCGACAGUUGACAGAAGCGUGGACUAAUGGAAUGCCCGCUAUUGGGGAAUCUUUUGUCCCUUUUCCAAGUGCUGCAGAUGAGCCUGGUGCUGCAGAUGAGCCUGGUGCCGCUUUCAACGAGCCUGGUGCUGCUUUCAACGAGCCUGGUGCUGCUUUCAACGAGCCUGGUGCUGCGGAUGAGCCUGGUGCCGCUUUCAACGAGCCUGGUGCUGCUUUCGACGAGCCUGGUGCUGCUGAGGAUUCCACCGAUAGAUUGCAUCCGACGAAGGUCUGCCUUGAGGAUGUAGCUCUUUACCAGCACUGGAAAAGCAUGUCCUCAAAGAGGAGAGCUAAACGAACACGAGCUCUUGUUGCAAAGGGUCUCCCGAUUCCAGGGAAAGAUGGCUUAGUUUCGAUUCUUGUAGUGUGA